GGCGGAGGCGGCGAUGGAUCCCGCGGCGCCGCCGAGCGAGCUGGUGUCGGCGGAGGGCCGGAACCGGAAGGCGGUGCUGUGCCAGCGCUGCGGCUCGCGGGUGCUGCAGCCGGGGACGGCGCUCUUCUCCCGCCGGCAGCUCUUCCUGCCGUCCAUGCGGAAGAAGCCCGCCUUGGCCGCCGGCGGCAGCCCCGAGGGCGACCUCCUGCUGGAGCACUGGCUGGUGGACGAUAUGUUCACCUUCGAGAACGUGGGCUUCACCAAGGACGUGGGCAACAUCAAGUUCCUGGUCUGCGCGGACUGUGAGAUCGGACCCAUCGGCUGGCACUGCCUAGAUGACAAGAACAGUUUCUACGUGGCCUUGGAACGGGUUUCCCACGAGUAGCGGAGGGGAGGGGGCCCAGCACCCCCACGUGUAAGAGCCUCCUGUCACCAGAGCCAGUGCUGCCUGGUGGGAGGGCUCUGCUGCUGCCUCUCUGCCCCAAUUACAGUGUCGCACGCCCAGGGGGACGUGCGGAGGCUGACGCUCUGCCUGCGCCCUGGGCCUCUUUCCCUUUGCGUCACGCGUUGCCUGAGCUCCCUUUUGCGCAGGUCCGGCCCGGGACGCUUCGCAGGUCUGGUCUCCUCCUUGCGUCCUGCUGGGCUCUCCCUGACCCAGGAGCUCCCGGGCCUCCUGCUCUGGAAGAACGGGCGCGAGCGGUCCUCAGCCUCUUGGCCACGCUGACACACGACCGACGAUGCUCUUGAUGCUCUCGUUCAAGAAAGCACACAGGUGUCUGAGAGUGACUUCAUUGUGUGGCUGACUUUAACGUACUCUUUUUAACACUCCAGCAUUUACAAACUUUUGUAUUUAAACCACUGAUCAGGAGCCCUGUGGACACACCUCCAGUACCAGGUGUGCGGGCCUCUCCUCUGCGGCGGC